GCUGAUUAUGUCUGAUAAUUGUGGAUGAAAAGUGCACCAGUCAAACAUACCUCUUCCUUGGGUUUAUUAAAAAACGUAGACAUUGUGUUGCAAUUGUUGUUGUUGUUCUUCUGCUUCUUCUGCUUCUUCCACAAAAGAACUUUCUUCUUUGAAAAGCUCACGAAAACGGCGCCACUCAGACGGGUCUCCUCUUUCCAAAAAAAUUUUCACAUUUUUCAGCAGAAGCCGAAAAAGAACAGAAUCAAACAGAAUCAAACAAAAGCAGAAGAAGAGAAAGAAAAGAAAGAAGCAGAACAGAGAUUGGACCAUGAGCUUGCUGACAGAAAACCACCAUGUUGCGUUGGUGUUGAAACAGUUGGAGACGACAGAACCUCCUACUGAUUUCCAGCUUAUUCUUAAGUUAUUGACUACCACUCCUUUUUUGAGCCAGACAUCGCAGCAGGACAUUCAGCAUUUGGUGAAGAGGUCGUUGAACUUUCUUAAUGAUUCUGAUUUAUAUGCUCAAUGGUGUGGAGUCAAUUUAGUUAGAUGUUUGUCAUACAACCCAAUUGCGUUGUCGUUUUCUUCUAACGUGCUCAAAAACUUGGUUAAGAUUCUCAUUGAUUUCAAUCGGUUUUAUACUCCAACUGAUUUUUUUCACGACAGCUUUUUAAAGAUUGUCUUUGACAAUGUUUGUGAGACGAUAUUGGUCUUUGAUUUGAAUAUCAAGGAUAAGCAGACGUUAGCCAGAGAGAUACUAACUCCUAAUUUGCCUCAUAUUUUUACAAAUUUGAUCCAACUGAUAGACUUUUCCCCGGAACUAGUUAUACAAAUUCUUUUGAUUUUGCUAAAGAAUCAUCCAACAACGUUUAGGUCCCAGGCAAAUAAGUUUCAAAAAAAACUAUUUGCAUUAUUAAUCAAAAAUUCCAAUACUUCAUUUCACGAUAACGGAAAUAAUAAUUUAAUUAAACUAAUUUGCGACUCAAUUGCUUCGAUUCAUUUAGUUGAUCAGAAAUCUGUGGCAGAUCAAUUUAAUUUGGAGUUGUAUUCAAUCAUAUCAGAGAUCAAGUCAUUGGUUGUUUUAGUGUUUGACGAGUUUUUAGAUAACAGUAACAAUGAUAUAUAUUUGAAAAACUUGAUUGAUUCGUUACCAAAUCCAGGUCAGAAUCAGAAGGAUAUUUUCCCAUUGUUGAGUGUUGAUUUGAAUGAUUUAUCAUCAUUGUAUCAGAUUUCAAAGAGAUUUAAAUUAUUAAUUGAGUUAUUAUUAUCGUAUUUAAACAAUUCGUCUGAUAAUGUAUAUAAGAUUCCAAUUGGUUUGAUAAUAAACAUUUCGGAAAUUUUAUUGAAUAUUUCUUCAAGACAUCAAAUUCCAUUUAAGAAAUCUUUGUUAAUUACAAAAUCAAGCAAUUUAGAAUUGGGAUAUAUUUUGGACGAUUUAUUUAUUGACGUUCAAUCGACUGGGUUGCAUUUGAUAGAUAAUUUGAGAAACUCUUAUUCGAGUUCAUUAUUGCUACAUUUCAAUAGGAUUUUUGGAUACAUUGAGUUAGUCAUUCCAUUUAAGAAAACUGGCACUCCUAACAAUAAGAGCAAGAAGAAUGGUAAGAAGAAUGAAUUUAAGAAAAUUUUGGAUAAAAGUACUGUUAUAAAUCAUGAAAAAGAAAUGGUUUUAUUGUUAUCAACAAUUAAAGGAUUAUUAGGAUUAUUAGAUGAUUCUGAUUUGAAAUAUUUGGAUUACAAUCUAAUAAUUUUGAAAGCUAUUGAAAUUUCGUUGAUUUUAUUAGAACUGAGAUGUUUGAUUGAUGGUAUUUUUACCAGUACACAAGAUAACAAAGAGAAGAGUAAGAACAAGAAUAAGGGGAACAAAAAAAUCAGUAAUAAUUUUAAAGGCAUUCCAUUGAGUGAUUUAGCUUCUAGUCCUAAAAAGUUUAUGAAAAGUGUAUCGAAUUUAUACAGGAUUAUUAUAUUGAGAUUUUUAAAGGAGAUUUUGAUCAAGUUUAGUAAAUUGCCGAUCAAUCAGUAUACAAUGAUAGAAAGAAUGGUUAUAUUGAACUGCAUUGAUGGUGGAUUUAAUAAGAGUGUUAUUAGGGAAGAAGAAGAAGAAGAAGAAAUAGGGAGAUUAAAGAUAGAGUUAUUGAUGACGUUUAUGAUGUAUCCGAAUGAUAAAGAGAGGAAUUCGAUAAGUGGGAUAGUUUUGAAGAUCUUUGAGGGAAAUGGGCAAAUUAGUGUUGAGGAUAAAGAGAUGAUUAGUUUGUUCAUAAAUCCCCGGAUUCCAUUAGGAAAGCAAAUUGUUAAUGUGGAUGAUAGUGAAAAGAGGAAUAAUGAAGAGAUAAAUAAUGAGGAGAUAAAUAAUGAAGAGAAAAAUGAUAGCGAUGAAGAAGAAGAAGAAGAAGAAUCGCCAGCUAAGCGCCGAAAGCUCAAUGUUUUAUCGGUAUUUGGAGAGAAUGAAUCAUUGAAAGAGAAAAAAAGUGUUGAUAAAUAUAACAAUGACAUAGUGAAGAAUGAAGAAGUGAAAAAAGUAAAAGAAAUUAAAGAAGUAAAAGAGAUUAAAGAAAUGAAAGAGAUUGGUAAAAAGAUUGAGAUUGAUAAUGAGAUUGAUAAUAAGAUUGAUAAUAAGAUUGAUAAUAUGAUUGAUAAUAUGAUUGAAUCAGUUGAAUUGAAGUUGAAUUCCGGAUUGGAUUUGGAAUCAGAUUCAAAUUCAGAUUCAGAAUCAGAUUUUGAAAUGCCAGCUAUUGAUACUGGAGUCAGUGAUGAAGAAGAUAAUGAUGAUGGUGAUGAAUGAUAUUUAUUUUAGAUCUUAAACAGUUAUAUAAAUAUAUAAAUAUGCUGAAGCGAGUAUGAAGCGAAAGUUCAUAUAAUUUAUAGAAUAAUAUUUCAUUGAAUGAUAUUUCAUUGAACGACAAUUUUGAUUAUAAUUUUGAUUAUAAUUUUGAUUAUAAUUUUGAUUAUAAUUUUGAUUUUG